AACCCGUGACGUCUCACUUCUUGCUUUAUCUCUCGUGUUUUGGUAAACAUCGUUUCAUAACGCUCGAAUUUUCGAAAUGUCCACGCGUCGUGGUAUUAGGGCAUAGUAGGGAGGCUGAAUGGUCCAGAUAUUGAUCGUUCUCCUCCGCGAGUGAGUCGCAAAGACGACGCGGGGUUGGCGCACUCACAACCAAGCUCUCGGCCAUGGAGGGUGCCAGCAAGCCCGACGAGGAGAUCGCCCUCAAGCCCAAGAUGACCCUCGUCAACGGCAUCACCGUCAUCGUGGGCUCCAUCAUCGGCUCCGGGAUCUUCGUCUCGCCGGCGGGGGUCCUCAUGCACACCGGCAGCGUCAACGUCUCCCUCCUCGUGUGGACCAUUUCGGGGGUCUUCUCAAUGAUCGGCGCCUACUGCUACGCCGAACUCGGCACCAUGAUCAGGAAAAGCGGCGCUGAUUACGCCUACAUCAUGGAAACCUUCGGCCCUUUCCUCGCAUUCAUCCGAUUAUGGAUCGAAUGUAUGAUAGUAAGGCCUUGUUCUCAAGCAAUAGUAGCCUUAACUUUCAGCGUUUACGUCAUGAAACCCUUCUUUCCUGAAUGUCAACCACCUGAAGAUGCCGCACGUUUACUCGCCGUUUGUUGCAUCUGUGUUUUAACGUUUGUUAACUGCUACGACGUGAAAUGGGCAACCCGCGUGCAGGACGUCUUCACCUACGCCAAGCUUUUGGCCUUGUUCAUCAUCAUAGCCGCCGGGGGGUACCAAUUGGCCCAGGGGCACACGGAGCACUUUUCAUUCAUCAACACAAAGAGCGAAGUUACGUCGUUGGCAUUAUCAUUCUAUUCCGGCUUGUUCGCCUACAAUGGCUGGAAUUACCUGAAUUUUAUUAUUGAGGAACUCAAGGAUCCAGUCAGAAAUCUCCCGCUAGCUAUCGCAAUUUCGUGCACUUUGGUAACAGUUGUUUAUGUUUUGACCAAUGUGGCGUUCUACACGACGCUCUCCCCCGCCGAGCUUUUGGGCUCUGAAGCCGUCGCAGUGUCGUUCGCAAAUCGACUUUUCGGCCCUUUCGCUUGGACGAUUCCUGUUUUUGUGGCUCUGUCGACGUUUGGCGCCGUCAAUGGGAUUUUGUUGACGUCGUCGCGACUCUUCUAUUCGGGGGCUUGUCACGGCCAAAUGCCCCAAAUUUUGACCAUGAUACAGGCGCAGAGGGUCACGCCUGCACCUGCGGUGCUCGUUAUGGCGCUGUUAUCGAUGCUCUAUCUCACAGUAUCAGACAUUUUCGCUUUAAUAAACUACGUCGGCUUCGCCACAUGGUUGAGUAUUGGAGUGUCCGUUUUGUGCGUCCCAUGGUUGCGCUGGACCCAUCCCGAGCUGGAACGACCCAUCAAAGUGAACUUAAUCUGGCCCAUCAUCUACUUACUCGCCACCAUUUUCGUGACGGCCGUACCCAUGGUCGCUAGUCCUGUCGAAACCGGCAUCGGCAUGUUGAUGAUUUUGACAUCGGUACCAGUUUAUUUGGUAUUUAUUUAUUGGAAGAACAAGCCGCUUUGGUUCCAUAAGGCCACCAACAGCAUAACUAUCACUCUUCAGCAGCUGUUGGUAGUCGUGGGCAAAGCGAAAACGGCCAGUUUGUAGGUAGUGAGUGCGAAAGAGACCAACGAUUACUUAUGCCUACAUCGACAAUAAAUGUUUGUAUGCAUGAAAAAUAAACAAUGUUACGAACACUCAUUUUUUAUUCGAUACUUGAUGCCAAUCGCCUCAUACUGUAGCUAAGUCUGUUUUUUUAUUAAAUGGAAAUUUCAAACAGUCUUAGUGUUGGUACCCCUAACAAAUUUAUUCAUGGUAAUUUUUAUGAAGGAAGUUGGCAGUUCCGGUUUUUGAUUUAAUUUCAGAAAAAAAUCUCAUUAAACGACAGUUAAAAAAAAUUAGAAACGAAAACACAAAAACGGAAACAAAUUAAGUCCCGCGAACAGAUUUUGGAAAUUUGAAGACGAAAAGUGUGCAAGCAGAAGUCAGAAAAAGACCAACACUAAAAAAUAGACGGAAUUUCUAAUGCAGGUUUGCUAACCAUUAUCUAAUUUUUAGUAAGAAAUUGAUGACAAUACAACGUAAACAUCAAAGAGAAAGAAUAAAAUUAAAUUAGUGGUUCUAAAAUUAGUUGCACCGUUUUUGAAGAAGGAGUUGAAAAAGUAACAAUUUUGAAACUAAAGCCGAAGGAACUUUGAACUCAUUUCAAUAAAUUACACAAAAUUAAUUGCCGAUCUUCAUAAACCUUUUGCAAAAUAACCUUUUUCUAUAUUGACACCAUUUUUUAUUAAGUUUCUGUAGUAAGAAGCUCAUUUUUGUUCACAACACUGUACUUACUUACAGUGCUUUGGACAUUUGGUAGUCUUCAGGUAUUCGAUUAUAAAGACUUACAAAGAGCAAACAAGCACACAAGAUUCAUAAAAGUUAAAAUUUUGACUCAUUACAACAUGAAAAUAACCAUAAUUUUUUAACAAAAUUUCUUGGGACAAAAACAAACAAAAUUUGUGGCUAUGGAGAUAAGCUGUUACCAAUUUUUUCAUCAAAAUUUUGACUUGGUAAUUCCCAUUUAAAGAAAAAACAGACUUUACCAAUUUUUACAGGGUCAUUUAUCGGCACGACGGAAAAGGGUAAAAUAACAAAAAAAAAUAUUGCACAAAAUGUAUAGCCCUUGUGCAAGAAUUUUAAAUAAAUUAGUAUACAAAUUAAUAAUUAAUAAUAAUUCAGUGUCUCAUUGCAUUGCCUUAUUUUGUCGUGCAUUUUAGUUUUCUAUCGUUCUGAAAUAUUUUAUUUGUUGUUGGUUUAACUAUUUUUGCCGUGCAAAAGACCUACUCUGUCGUGCCAAUAUGUAUUCCCCACUAUUGCAAUAAUAGUCGAUUAUUAUUUUUUACAAAUGUCGUUUCUUUUCUAAUUUUAUUUUCACAUUUUGACUUCGAUAAUUAUUAUUAAUUCAUAUCAAUAAACGUCUUUUGUUAAAA